UAUCAGUAUCCACCUCAUUGUGAAAGUGCCAUAAGAACUUUUCUGUGAUCUAAACAUGAAUGAAUCUCAACUUGAAAACGAGAAUUGCUUUCAAGGCUAUGUGGACCAAUCUGUAACAUUUAGCUCUUGGAGAAAAGUAGAAUACAAAGUUAGUCAAAUUUUAAAACAAAAUAUAGAGAAAAAGUUGAUGAAUCCAGUUAAUAAACAGAUUAUAUUUCAACUCUUGGGCUCUGACUUUGUAAAUAAAUAUUUCUCAAACUAUACCAACAGUCCUGCAGUUUUGGAUAAUAUUAAUUCAGAUGAAAGAAGAAAGAAAGAAUCAGAGAUGAAAACUUACAUGUCUUCAGUGAUAAAUGAAGCACUGCAAAAAAGUGGCCCCAAAAGUGACACUAAAUUGCAGUCUGAUGUCCAAAACUUUUCUCACGAACUACAAAAUGUGGUUGAGAUUAAUUACAAUGAUCAUUACUCUCAGAUAAAAUCUAAAAAAAGACCAAAGACUGAUUUGCAUGAAAAAUUGAUUUCUACGUUAUUGACUGAAAAUUCAAAUGGAGCAGAACAACUGAUACCAGCAUUGAGAAAGAACCUUGUUGUACUAACUGAUAAUUUAAGGAUGACCUUCUGGCCUGCUUGCAUUUCUUCCAAAGAAAAGUCUAAAAAUAUUAAAAAUUCUGAGAAAAUUAAAGAAAAGUUCACUCAGUUAUACACUAGAGAAAGAAAAAAUGGCGACUUGGACAAAAACAUUGAGUCUGCUGUUUAUAAGGUGUACAAAGAAACUGAAUGUUUAAAAACAAUCAAUUCUGAGGAUAACAGGAAAUCUUCUGUGACCAUUCUUAGUAUAUGCAAUGCCUAUGGUCGCAAAUUUCAGCCUCAUUUUGUUUUCCCAGCUUCAGUUGUGCAGCAAGUUUAUUUAAAAGAAAAAUUAAAAGCUUCAGAGGAUAACUAUGGAGAGGCUUCUUUUUUGUUAGAAAAGAUAUUACGAUUAGGAAUUCUCACAAACGAUAAAGCUGAUAAAAUAGCAUCUUCAACAUACCAGACUUUAGUAGAUUUGGAUAAACCAUUGGAAAAACAUAUAAAACUGAUGCUUACUUCUAAGCAGAAACAUGAUGAGGUCACUUCUUCUGAAACUGUGUCAGAGGCAAUAAGGAAUACAUCUGCUGAUUCUAGUGACAUUACCUUCUAUUUAAAACAAUGGAUUUUCUGUAUGUUUGCAUCAGUUUUAAAACCUUAUGCUCUGCUUUUUAUUUGGGAUCAACUUUUCUACAAUAGGUUUGAAAAUAAAAUAUUUCAAGACAUUACAUUGGCUUUACUUGGACUUUUAAAACCUUGGUUCUUCUUGGCUAAAAAUAAAGAGAAUGUCACUAAAGUGUUUUUAGAAGAGCCAAGCAUGCUAUACCUUUUGGACAUCAGAAAAGCUUUGUCUCAUAUUCAAAAAAGAGGCAACUUCCACGAUAUACCAGUAAUGAAUCGAAAUAUAAGUAUCAAUGCUUCAGAGCCUACUCCAAUGCCUCCUACUCCACCACCUCCUGUACCUAAACCUGUUGUGUUACCACCAAAACCACCACUCAUUAAACCUAUACCUACUUUCACACCUUGGGUGCCAUUUAAUAAGGAGAAGAAAAAGGAAUUAAAUCUCGUACAAGGAAAAGUAAACAUUCCGUUCGACUUCUAUGUUGACUCUGUGCGAUUCAUUCCAGAUAGUGCAACAAUCAUAAAAGUUACUGGAAAAGUUCUAAACUUAUAUCUGAAUCAGAAAAACAAGUCACUAAAAUUCCAGUCUUAUCCAGAAUUAAAUUCUUACUGGCGUUACCCAAAUUUCAAGUUCAAGCAAGUCGUUAAUAAAGAAGGAUUACCAAUGAAUCCUGAUGUUGUUAUUAUGCUUAGAGUCUAUGCUGUUGAGCAACAUUCCAAAAAUACAUAUGUUCUUGGAUCUUGUCUAUUUGGGCCAUUCUCAAAUAAACAUGGUAAAGAUGUAAAAUUGAGAAUAGGUGGCCAUCAAGUGCGUGUACGGCAUGGAAUCCCUGAUCCAGACUUUAAUAUGGAACAUAUGUUAGCUUCUCACAUGGACAACAAUCCUGUCAUACCUGGUGUUACUAUACUAUUAAGAGUUCUGAACCAAGAUAAGGAAUACAUUAAUGCUCCUGGAUAUGAAACUAACUAUUAUCGUUCUGAAAUAGCCAAACCAAAUGAAUCAGAAAACAGACUCUAUAACCACUACAAAAAGUCAGAAACUCUCUCUAUGAGUGUAAAAGAUUCAGCUCUUUUAACUUCUGGGCAAACACUAAAUAGUGAUGCUGCCAUAAAACAACUAAUACAACAGCAAUUACAUAAAGAAGGAUCUGAUGUGGAAGACUUCCCUUAUCAACGAUUUAUACAUUAUUGUAAAAAUCAAGGAAUGAUGGUUCUUGUUGACAAAGCUGCUGGACUACCGCUUUUCUUAGAAGGAAGAUAUUUACAAUGUCUUGUUCAAAUAUUUCCUGGUGAAGAUACUAAGAUUGGACAUGGGACAUCCCAGGCAAUAAGUUUUAUCACUAAUGAAUUGGAGUUGACUAGUUUCCAGAGAGCACCGGAUUGGUCUGAUCAUCCAAAAAAGGUCCAUCCUGAAUAUGAUAGUAAAGCUUUUAUUUUGGUUUGUCUCUACGGUUUACGUCCUAAAUUUGAUGCAAACACAGGAAAAUUAAUGGAUAAAGAUGGACGAGAGCCAAAAUUCAACUUGCAACAAGCAAUAGCUUGGACAGCUGCUCCUUGUUUCGACAAGGAUGCUGUAUUUGCUGGAGUUCAUCAUGUUCCAUUGCUUAAAGGAAGACCACCUGAUGAUAUAAUAGAAAAACUUAGUUAUCUUCCUUUAGAUUUUAUUUGCAAAAAAUUCAAAACACAAGUUAAAGUUUUUGAAGCUGCCAGUAUAGAAAUUUCGAUUUGGGAUGGACAUUUUACUAACAGUGAAUGCCCACCUUUGCCAGUUCACAGUGAUUUUUUAAACAUUUCAAAAAAUCCGGUAAAGUACACACAGGCAUUUAAUAUUCAGUCUGGAGCAACAGUUGUUGACUUACUGAAAUCGGGUUUAUCUGAUCCAUCAGAAUUCAAUAAACAUAAAUUAAAGAUGAUUGAGCUAUUAAAUAAAGCUUUCAAGAAUAAUUUGGAUAACUCUUUAUCGAAAUCAGGGUACAAGCCAACUGUGUAAAUGAAGAAUUGUAUAUACUAUUGUAUAUAUUAUUUCUGGAGAAAAAAUGUUCAAUAAAUUAUAUGCUGACUGAA